AUGGCGGUGGUAAGUCGCACAACGGUAACCACAACGCGAACUACAGGUACCGGCUUCCGUAGUUCGACAGUACCCGUCUGGGUGAUCAAACUUCUCACUGUUUGCAAAUUGACCAGUGAUGUAUCAGUGUUGCUUUACUCGUCAUUUAAGAAUGCCUAUUGA